AUGUCGGAAUACGACAGCAAGACGCCCAAGGCGCUCGAGGGCCCACCCUCUUCCACUCAGGGCGAUGAGGAAGUGCGCAACCUUCACGUUGACUGGACGAAAGAAGAGGAGCGCAAGGCCAAGCGGAAGCUGGACCUGAUUAUCAUGCCCAUCCUGACACUAGGAUUCUUUUGUCUCCAGCUCGAUCGAGGCAACAUCGCCAACGCCAUCACCGACAACUUUAUGGAAGAUGUGGGCAUCAACCAGGAUCAGUUCAACGUCGGCCAGCAGAUGCUGUCGCUCGGCAUCGUGCUCUUCGAGAUCCCCUCCAACAUGAUCCUCUACCGUGUGGGCCCCGGCAAGUGGCUCACUCUGCAGCUCUUCCUAUUCGGUACCGUCAGUCUGUUCCAGGCCUUCCAGAAGGGGUAUGGGGCCUUCAUUGCCACGAGGUUUCUCCUCGGCAUGACGGAGUCUGGAUUCAUUCCUGGUGGUCUGUGGACCCUGUCGACUUGGUACACGCGCACAGAAACGGCGAAGCGUGUUAUGAUCUUCUACUUUGGUAACCAGUUUGGUCAAGCUUCAUCCAAGCUGCUUGCCUACGGCAUCCUCCACAUGCGCGAUGUCGGCGGCAAGGCUGGUUGGUUCUGGCUGUUCGCGCUCAUGGGUGGCUUCACGAUCCUCAGCGGCUUCGUCUUCGGUUUCUUCCUUCCCGAUUCCUUCAAGAACCCCAGGAGUACUUUCGCCCCUGGCAUCAAGUUCUUCACCGAUCGCGAGCUGCACAUUCUGCAAACUCGCGUCUUGAUCAACGACCCCAUGAAGGGCAAGAAGAAGAAGAAGAUUGGACUGGAUGCUUUCAAGAAGGCCUUCGGCAACUGGCGCCUCUGGAUCCACCUCUUCAUCACCCUGUCCAACAACGGCCCUCAGCGUGCGUUCGAUACCUACUCGCCUUCGAUUGUUCGCGACUUUGGUUUCGCUGCUCUCACCAGCAACGCGUUGGCUUCCGUCGGUCUCUUCCUGCAGAUCCCGACCUCUUUCGCGUUCAGCUAUGUUUCGGAUCGCUUCAACAAGCGCCCUGAGACGGUGGUCGUCGGUCUGAGCAUGCACUUGCUCGGUUAUGUCUUCAACCGCAUCUUUACCGAAUUGAACAUGCGUGGAGUCCGCUACUUUGGCGUCGUCUGGACUCAGACGUUCGGCACCUUUUCGCACCCGCUCAACAUUGCGUGGAUGUCCCUUACCUGCCACGACUCUGAGGAGCGUGCCCUCGCCAUGGCCAUGGUCAUCAUGGGUGCCAACAUCGCGGGCAUCUACGGUGCCCAGAUAUUCCGCGCCGACGACAAGCCCCGCUACCGCCGUGGCUUCUCCAUCAAUAUCGGUGUGCUCACGUUUGGCUUGUCGCUGGCUGUUCUACGCGGCGUCGACGAGUGGCUUCAGCGCCGCCGCAAGGCCAGGCAGGCGAUCGAUGAGUCCUCAGACGACAACGCCUCGCACAUUGGUCGUGUUCGCGGCGAGAAGGUGGCGCUGCCCAGCGAGGACCUCCCUCAGCCUGCUUUGCCCUCCCCACCUGCCAACAAGAUCUAA